UUUUCAGACAUGGUGCGGAAAAAGAAUCCCCCUUUGAGAAGCUUUGGCGGUGAGGAGGAGGAGGAAGGCCAAGCCGUGGCCGCGGAGGCCACCGGGCCAGAGUACGGAGAGGCGGGGACUCGGGCCUCGGAGCCUGGUGCCACGGUGCCGGACGAGCAGGGCAUCCCUUCCUCCCCUGGGCUCAUCAAACGGGUGGCAGUGACAGUGGGCAGAGACAAACCUGUCUUCAAUCACCCUAACCACAAGAGACAGGGAAACCUCCAGUCUCUCACAAGGCACGAGGAGACAGACGUAGACCCCAGCGACGGAGCUGCCUCUCCAGAGCCGGGCGAUGAUGAUGACGAUGAUGACGACGACGAUGGAGGUGGAGAAGCAGCGCAAAGCCCGGCGGGGGAGAGUGAGGGGACCGGAAGCGGCACGGAAGCCCGACAGGCCCAGUUAAGCACUGGCGUCAUCGUGCAGAGCUGUUCCGCCAGCAACGGUGACGAGAGGGACUCCGCUCACAGUCCGCCGGUGCUGCCAGGCACUGAGGGCCUCCAUGGGGAGGAGGUGGAAAACUCAAAGGCGCCCCCGACCACACUCUUCCACCCCAGGGCGGCCGGCGACGGAGAGGACGCCCCCAGCCCCCUGGGGGCGGAGUCAGGGGCCCCGCCGCCCUCCUCCUCGCCUAAGCUGCAGGAUUUCAAGUGCACCAUCUGUGGCUACGGUUACUACGGUAACGACCCCACGGACCUGAUAAAGCACUUCCGCAAGUACCACCUGGGCCUGCACAACCGCACGCGACAGGACGCCGAGCUGGACGGGAAGAUCCUGGCCCUGCACAACAUGGCUCAGUUCUCCGCCCAAAACCAGGCCAAAGACGGAGGGGCGCGGCUGGCGGGUCACGUGCAGCAGGGCAGGGCUCUGCCAGACGCCGGCUCCCCGCGGCCCUCGCUGCUCAACGGCACCUACGACGUGCAGGUGACACUAGGAGGGACUUUUAUUGGCAUUGGCAGGAAGACGCCGGAUUGCCAAGGCAACACCAAGUACUUCCGCUGCAAGUUCUGCAACUUCACUUACAUGGGCAGCUCUUCGGUCGACCUUGAGCAGCACUUUAUGGCUGCUCACCCCAACAAGAUGAAGAACCCUCCCUCCUCGCUCACGCCCAACCACGACGACAAGCUGGUAGGAGGGAGGGGAAACUGCGGGGGCGGGGCAGAGCUGGGCAGAUGGGCGGAUCGGGUGGCCGUGAGGGCGGAGGACGAUUCCGUCGCCGGUUACUCUGUGCCUAUGAGGGCGACAGCCGGCUCCUCCCCAGUUAUGGGCGGGGUGGAAGGCGUGGCCUAUUACUGGUGCAAGUACUGCAGCUUUAGCUGCGACGCACUGGGCUCCUCCAAGCUGUUAGCGCAUUACAAGGAGAGACACGGCCAAGCGCCUGCCAUCAGGGAGGACAGCCCAGGAGGAGAAAAGGAUCGCAAGCCCUCUGACGGCUCUGGGGGAGGAGACUCGCAGGCCCGCGGGAAGAAAGACCACCACGGCAAACCGGGCGAGGCCGAAACGGUGGUGACCAGCUACAACUGCCAGUUUUGCGACUUCCGCUACUCCAUGAGCCACGGGCCGGACGUGAUCGUGGUGGCGCCCCUGCUACGUCACUACCAGCGAGCGCACGGCAUACACAAAUGCACCAUCAAACACUGCCCCUUCUGCCCUCGGGGGCUGUGCGGACCCGACAAACACCUGGGCGAGAUCGCUUACCCCUUCGCCUGCCGCAAGAGCUCCUGUUCGCACUGCGCCCUGCUCCUCCUGCAGCUCACCCCAGGAAGCGGAGGGGCAACCCCGCCCCCACAGGCUAGCAGACCCUCCAUCACCCACUUGUGCGACCAGUGUCCCUUUGCCUCUGUCGACGUGGACGUGCUGCUGUUACACUAUGACAGCGCCCAUGCCCCGCCCCAUUCUCUACAGGAAGUGAAACCCGAGGACGGGGAGGCGGCGUCGGAGGGCGGGGCGGGACUGAGGGUUAGCGCUGGGCGAGGCCAACCGGAAGAGCACGCUUGCACCAUGUGCCACUUCUACACGGAGGUGGAGGAGGAAAUUUUUCGUCACUACAGACGGGUGCAUGGCUGCAGCAGGUGUAGACACUGCAGCUUCACGGCGGCCGACAACACCGCCCUGCUGGACCAUUUCAACGCCACCCACUGCCAGGACUCCACCGCCGAACCCACCUCCGCCUCUGCCCCCGCCAAUGGCUGCUCCGCCCCAUCCACCCUCAGCAUCAAGGAGGAGAGCAAGGGCGACCUGAAGCUCUACAGCCUGGCCCCGCCCGAAGCCCGCCCCGCGGAGGCCGGCGGGGACGAGCGAGUGAAGAGCGAGGCCCCCGACGAGAAGGAGAGGGCCCUGACGGACGGGCGGGGAGGCGGCGGGGACCAGCUCCAGGUGCAGAGCCUACUCUGGGUGCCCAAAGAGAGAGCCGGGGAGCUCCUGAGAGGAAGCCCCUCCCAGUUCCCCCAAGCGGCGGCGGCGGCGCUGGGCCUACUGAACACAGUGGCCCCCUCUCAGGACCAGCAGGACCACCAGCAGCAGCAGCAGCAGCAGCAGCAGAGGAGUGGGCCUGUACACAGAGACUCACCUAACCUGGUCUUCAGCCUGGGUGCUGAUACCAAGGGCUUCCUGCACGGGGCGCCGGUGAGCGGCAGCAGUGAGAAGUCGCAGCAGCAGCAGCAGCAGUACUCCGCCUCAACGACGGAGGGCAAGAGCACCAAGGAGGAGUCCCAGUCGCUCCUACGGAGACGACGGGGCUCGGGAGUCUUCUGUGCCAACUGUCUGACCACCAAGACCUCUCUGUGGAGGAAGAACGCCAACGGGGGCUACGUGUGCAACGCCUGUGGCCUCUAUCAGAAGCUCCAUUCGACGCCGAGGCCUCUGAACAUAAUCAAACAGAACAACGGUGAGCAAAUCAUCCGCCGACGAACGCGGAAGCGCCUUAACCCAGACACCCUCCCCUCUGACCCAGCUGGCUCCAAACAACAGCGCAUCCUAAACAACAGCAGCAGCAACAGUGGAGAGGACAGGCUGAACGGGAGUCCUUUGGAGCGCCGGGCCGACGAGCCGGGCGCCGACGGCCCGCUGCUGCGUGGCGACCCACAGGCAUCUCUUGCUUAUGGCCCCCCGGGAUCCAAAGGCCACCCCAGUCCCCGCUCCACGCAUGCUUUUCUGGUCAAUCAGACGCUGGAGAUCCACAAGCGCAUGCCGCCCCUGCAUGUCCACAAGAGCUCCCCAGACGGAGGGGCGGAGGGCAGCAACGGCCUGGGGUCGGGCUCCGGGGGGCUUGGCGGAGCAGAGGGCAAGGGUGGCUCAGAGCGGGGCAGCCCCAUUGAAAAGUACAUGCGGCCAGCCAAGCAGGCCAGUUACUCACCGCCCGGCAGUCCCAUCGAAAAGUAUCAGUACCCUUUCUUUGGCCUUCCGUUCCUCCACAGCGAGUUGCAGAGCGAGGCCGACUGGCUGCGAUUCUGGACUAAGUACAAGAUGUCAAUGCCGGCCAAUCCCGGUCACUACCUAAGCCUGCCCAAUCCUUGCCAAAGCUUUGUGCCUUACCCGGCCUUCGGUCUCCCUCCCCACUUCCCUCCUCCGCCGCACCUGGCCGCCCCCUCCGGCCCCGAAAACGACACCCCACUCGACCUAGCCAUCAGACAUUCCAAACCCAGGCCCCCCACGCCCAACGGUACUGCCCUUAGCAAAGAGAAGGACAAACGGGCCUCAACCCCGUCGGAAAGGGUAAAAGAACGGAGGGUCGUAGAGGGGGAGGACGAGGAAGAAGAGAGGAAAGAGAGGGCGGAACAGAAAGACGACUGUCCCUCGUCGCUAACCCCCCAGCCGGACAGGGUGGAGCGGGGGACGCAGGACGAACUGUGCAGCAAGUGCGCCCACUGCGGCAUCGUCUUCCUCGACGAGGUCAUGUACGCCCUGCACAUGAGCUGUCACGGCGACGGUGGGCCCUUCCAGUGCAGCAUCUGCCUGCACGCCUGCGCAGACAAGUAUGACUUCACCACGCACAUCCAGAGAGGCCUUCAUCGGCCUGCCAGCGAGGCCAGCACCAACGCCACAACUCCACAAGACUGA